UCCACAGAUCACUAGCUCUCUCUCUCUCUCAGACUGAAAAUGCUUGUCCUGUUGGUGUCCACACUGCUCUUCUCAGUUUCCGGAGCUGAGGAGUCUCUGUUUGUGCGUAAGGGAGGCUCUGUUCGUCUGGAUGUGCAGGGAUAUGAACGCCUCCGGUUUGACUCCCUUUUCUGGCAUUUCAAUAUCUCCACAGCCGUACUCGUAUACAUUAAUAAGUUUAAAGAUCUGAAAUUAUGUAAAGAUUAUAAAAGCAGGACGGAAUUUGAUCAGAGGAACUUCUCUCUGCUGCUGAAGAACGUGAGGCUGAGACACAGUGGGACGUACACAGCCACGAUAUCUGAUAAGUCAGGACAGCAGAUUCUUGUUGCUUCCUACAGGCUCACAGUUCAAGUCUCCAGAGCUGAGGAGUCUCUGUUUGUGCGUAAGGGAAGCUCUGUUCGUCUGGAUCUGCAGGAAUAUGACGGACUCGGGUUUCGCUCCCUUUACUGGCAUUUCAAUAUCUCCAUACCCAUACUAGAAUACAGACCUAAAAAUCUGGAAUUAUUUAAAGCUUAUAAAACCAGGGCAGAAUUUGAUGAAAAGAACUUCGCUCUGCUGCUGAAGAACAUGCAGGAGAGAGACAGUGGGAUCUACACAGCAGACAUAUAUGAUGAAGAAGGACAGCGAAGACAUGUUGCUUCCUACAGGCUCACAGUUCAAGAGGCCCCGCCCACACCCCAGGUGAGAGUGGCGUUACUCUCCUCUGCUGGAGGGUUCUGUAUGGUGUCAGUGAACUGCUCUGCUAAAGACACCUGGGCCAGCUACACCUGUGACCACGCCCACUGCACACAGGUAGCAAAUACAACCUUGCAGACAGGAGUCAAUAUCAUCGUCAUGGCAACCAAUGGGACCAUCCACUGCAACAGCAGUAACCAGGUCGACACAAAGACACAAUCAAAAUCCAUGAAGGACGUCUGUCCAGUUACUCCAGUAAAAUCAUCUCCUGGCCUCCCACCAUGUGCGCUAAAGUCAGUGCUGUUCUCCCUGGGUCUGGUUGCCAUGGUUUCGGCUGUCAUCGCAGUUAAUGCCAGAGAGAGGUGCUGCAGAGAUCAAUCAGGACUGAGAGAGAAGGAUAAAUCAGUCAGAGGGGAGGAGAGAAUUAAUAUCUGAAAUAACUGUGUGUGUGCGUGCAUGUGUGUGUGUGUGUGUGUGUGUGCAUGUGUAUGUGUAUGUAAGUGUGCGUGCGUGCGUGCAUGUGUGUGUGUGUGUGCUUGUGCGUAUGUGUGCAUUGGUGUGUGCGUGUGUGUUUGUAUCAAAAAACUACAAGCUCAUGAAUGCAUAUAAAACAAGCAAUCCUAGCAACGCAGUGCAGUACAUAUUUAAAAUAUUUCACCAGCACCACCCCAACCUUUGGGAGGGAAAACACAAGCACACAGUCAUAUUGGGGGUGAACUGAUAAUUAACUAGUUUGUUCAAGCUUUGCUGUGAUUUAUUGCAAUGCUUUUUUAGCUACUAUGAGAUUUUAACUGUAUUUUUAAAGUUUUUUGUUUCAAACGUUUAUGUUUUUUAUAUUUGUAAGCUAAAUUCUUCAUGUGCUUUUGGAUUUUUAUGUGUUUUUGGAUUAUGAGCUUUUCAUCCACUCCAGCCAAAGAUGAUUUUCCAUCUGAUGAAAAAUAAAGUUUUCUGAAUCGAAAGUA